AUGGCAACUUCAGUAACAUCCACCCAUUUCUCCCAGGAGUUGCUUCAAAGCUUCCAUUCAAGAAAAUUUAUUUUACACUCCUCUCUUUACCCGGCAAUUUCCCCAGCUCAAGGGCACAGUUAUUCCAUCAAUGACAUCAUCCAUACAAAUGCAGCCAUUGUUCUCCUCCUAGCCCUCGUUUGCACCAUCAUUUCCGCUUCAGGGUUGUUGUGCAUGGUCAAGUGUGGAACUAGAGGCUCAGUUUCAGCUGCUGCUGAGCCCAAGUUAGCCAAUAGAGGAGUUAAGCAGAAAGUCUUAAAUUCCUUCCCGGUCGUAAAAUACGCAACCGAACCGAAACGGCCUGACCUCGGCACCGCUUGUGUUACAUGCUUGUCGGAGUUCACCGCCGGGGAGGGUCUCCGUAUUUUGCCAGAGUGCAACCACGGAUUUCAUACUAGUUGUAUCGAUACAUGGCUUGGUUCACAUUCUUCGUGCCCUACAUGCAGGCACUGCCCGACUGAAACGAACAAUAUUGAUAUGGAAAGCAUGAAGCCAGUGGAACAGUGA